AUGGCUACGCUUCCGCUGUUGUCUGUCCGAACCAUCACGCCUCUGCUACGCGCCUUCAGCAUCGCUCCUACCAUCGCUGCUCAGCUUGCAUCUUCCCCGCGCACCUUUGCCACGAUGACAGGUGGAAUUCUACUCGAUGAGAUCAAGGUCGACCACGACAACAUCCGAGACCUCCUCGAGCGCUUCAAGGACGCCCACUCCAAGAAGGACGAGGACCUUUGCGUUGCUAUCUCCAACACGAUCAUCCGCGAGGCGGCCGUUCACUCGGACGCCGAGGAGCUCUCGAUCUACAAGCUCAUGGAGAAGCACGGCAUGACGUCGGUCGCUGAAAAGGAUCGCUCGGAUCACCAAGAGGUCAAGCAGGCCAUGGCUGAGGUGGAUACCAGCACCCAGGCGCUCCACGCCGACGGGCUCGCUACGCACGCCAAACGUGUCGAAAAGGCUUGCAACCUCUUCCUCGAGCACGCCAAAGAAGAGGAGAACGACCAGCUGCCGCGUCUCUGCGCCGCCCUCGACGGUGACGACCAGGCCAAGGCGAUCGACGAUUUCCUCAAGGCGCGCAAGAUGGCCCCCACCCGUCCCCAUCCUUCGGCCCCCCAGCACGGUGGAGCGACCCAGAAGGCUGCCGGCGCCGCCGCCAAGGCGGUGGAUGAGCUGUCCAACGUGGGUCGCAAAUUCGUUGAUGUCAAAUACCGACACAGCGACGGCUCGCCCUCUGGCACUUACACCUGA